AUGUGGUUGAGAGCUGUUGGCAAGCCAAGCUCCACGCGUGCAGAGAGAAGGCAAAAAAACACAAACAGAAGAGGCUAAGGUAGAAACUGUGUUGGGGGAAAAAGGAGAGAAAAAGGAAGGUAGAAGAUAGAGGGGGACAACUUGAGAGGAGAGUUUUCAUUAGUCCCACCUUGGAGCUGAAGUCCUGUCCAGUAUACAACCAGAUUGAUGAGCAGAAGGGGAGGUGAACAAAAUAUCUGACCUAAAGAAGUUGAUCCUAAAUCAAGAGUCAAAUCCUCUUCAUCUUGAUUGUCAACACUUAAAGGUCCCCGCUCCAGAUUUCUACUGCUUCCACUGAAGAAGUCUCCAUCCACUCUGCCGUCCAUACUGGAGUAUGCCCUGUCAACCCUGCCGCUGAUCCAGGCGGUCAGCAUGAUCUCUCACUACCCUCUAGCCACCCUGCUGCCCUGGCCCGCAGGUCCCAACCACCACUGUCCAGACCUGGACUGCACCUUGCUGCUGGAGGGAGAAGGCGGGGUCGCCCUGCAGAGGUACCAGCCUCGCUCCCCAGAGAGCAGCCCGCGCCACUGGAGCUCAGUGCAGGACUGGGGGGAGGAAGUCGAGGAAGGAGCCAUCUACAACGUGACACUAAAGAGGGUUCAGAUUCAGCAGGCGGCCAACAAGGGAGCAAGAUGGCUAGGGGCGGAGGGCGAUCGUCUACCUCCCGGCCACACGGUGAGCCAGCUGGAGACCUGCAAAAUCCGAAGUAUCCGCGCUGGAACCCUGGAGCGUCUGGUGGAGACAUUAUUAACAGCGUUCGGUGACAAUGACCUCACCUACACCUCCAUCUUCCUGUCCACCUACAGAGCCUUCACCUGCACACAGACUGUACUGCAGCUACUGUUAGACAGGUAUGGAAGUGUGGAAGAAAACGAGCAAGACACAGCCAGACGCCAAGGCUCUGAAACCAAUGGAGCCAUCAGAAAUGCCCUGGCCUCUAUCCUGCGUGCCUGGCUAGACCAGUGUCCCGAAGACUUCCAGGAGCCUCCUGACUACCCUUGUCUCCACAGAUUGAUGGACUACCUGCGCAGGGCCCUGCCAGGCUCGGAGGCUCUUAGACGGGCAGAGGGUCUGCUGGAGCAGCUGCAGAGUCAGGCCAGCAUGGACGACACUGAUGCUGGUUUCCAUGGCAACAGUUCUUUCUGCCUGGGGGAGGAGGAGGAAGUAGAGAUUGAGGUCCAGGAGGACUUCCUGUCGUUUGAGGCCGACCUGGUGGCUGAGCAGCUGACCUACAUGGACGCGCUGCUGUUUAAAAAGGUUGUACCCCACCACUGCCUGGGCUCUAUCUGGUCCCAGAGGGACAAGAAGCACAACAAGCACAGCGCCCCCACCAUUCGAGCCACUAUUACGCAGUUUAAUGCUGUGGCAGCAUGCGUGGUCAGCACAGUGUUGAAACAGAGACAGAUCAGACCACAUCUCAGAGCACGGGUCAUCCAGCGCUGGAUAGACAUCGCUCAGGAGUGUCGAAUACGCAAAAACUUCUCGUCUCUGCGAGCCAUUGUGUCUGCGCUGCAGUCCAUCCCGCUGUACAGACUGAAAAGGGCAUGGGCCUGUGUGCACAAAGACAGCAUGCAGACAUAUGAAGAACUGUCGGACAUUUUCUCCGAUCACAACAACUACCUGACCAGCAGAGAGCUCCUAAUGAGGGAAGGCACUUCAAAGUUUGCCAGUCUGGAGAGUUGUGCCAAGGAGCACCAGAAACGCACCCACAAGAGACUACAGCUGCAGAAGGAAAUGGGAGCAAUGCAAGGAACGAUACCGUACUUGGGGACUUUUCUCACCGACCUGACCAUGUUGGAUACGGCCCUGCCUGACCUAGUAGAGGGUGGGCUGAUCAACUUUGAGAAGAGACGCAGGGAGUUUGAGGUGAUCGCUCAGAUCAAGCUGCUUCAGUCGGCUUGUAACAGCUACUGUCUGAGGCCAGAGCCGGCUUUCCUCCGCUGGUUUAAGAGCCAGCCUCAGCUCAGUGAGGAGGAAAGCUACGCCUUGUCCUGUGAGGUGGAAGGUCUUGGUGACAGCAGCCCAACCUCACCUAAACCUCGAAAAAGCAUGGUGAAGAGACUCAGCCUGCUGUUUCUUGGAACAGACAGUAAUGCGGCCAGUUCUCCAGUCAGAGAGAUGCCGCGCUCGCCUCCUACUGGCAGCUCAGGGGAGAGCAUGGACUCAGUCAGCGUGUCUUCCAGUGACUCCAGCAGCCCGUCAGACAGCGAGGGCCUCACUCCCACUCACACCUCCGAAUCCCAGCAAAAGCUAUCGGAAUCCUCCUCUUGUACUUCACUCCACUCCAUGGACACCAGCUCGUCGACGGCCAGUGUCUCCCUGACUCCCGCAUCUCCUUUACUCCCCGGGCUGCCCUGCACCCACAGACGCUCCAUCUCGCUCACACCCAUAUCCCCUUGCUCCCCGAGCCAAACCCCAGCUUAUAACACUCAGGCCCAAGAUGCGUGCAUCAUAAGGGUCAGCCUGGAGCAUGGCAACGGGAAUCUUUACAAGAGCAUAUUGUUGACCAAUCAAGACAAGACUCCGGCUGUAGUUUCUAGAGCCAUGGCAAAGCACAACCUGGAGGUGGAGCCAGAGGAGGGAUACGAGCUGGUACAAGUCAUCUCUGAGGAGAAAGAACUGGUGAUCCCAGACAACGGCAAUGUCUUCUAUGCCAUGAACACCUCAGCCAACUUUGACUUCCUGCUGCGGGUGCGGGGCUCAGCGCGUCGGACAGUCCAGCUGCGAAGCCGGUGUAGCUCCACACUGCCCCGCAGCCAGCACCGCUCGAGCCUGUCGCUCAGACUCAGCAAGGUCACGCUGUGACCCCUGAGCCGCAGGGACACAGCUGUUUGCCCUUACGCCACUAACCCAGGACAAUACAAAGCAUGGACUGGAGGAGGCUGGAUGGACACAUGGAUGAGGAGCACUGGAGGACUGCUGGUGGAUCAAAUGAGUUUUCAGACUCUUUAGGAGCUUUGACUCUUACCCGUUUCUCGCCAUGAACUGUGUCAUCCCGUCUUGUCCCUUUGUCCAGCCUUAAUAUGGAACAUGGGUGUGUAGCGUGACUGCUGUGCCAGUUGGACUUGACAUUUGACUAGUGAUGCCUGACAAACAGAGUGAAACAGCGACCCCAGGUGGCCUACACUCUUUAGAACAACAGGUUUUUGCACAUGUUAACAGGAGCAGCCAGACUCCUGACCUCCAACAGUAUUCUGAUAUUGAAUGAACUUCUUUUUGUCAUGUGAUGUCUGUGCAGUUUAAUAUUUACUUUUCUAAGUAUUAGAUGUGUGAUGAAUGCAGAAAGAGGAGAUGGAUGGUGGGAUGGAAGGAGAAGUGGACUGAGUGUCAAGUCCUGUUGCCUUGAUUAAUGAAUGAAUGGACCUCUGACAGUAUUCUGAAUGAUAUUGAUUGACAGGAGCUGUUAUGUCAUUAUUUUCUCUAGUUGGGCGUGUUUAGCUGCCAUGCCCGGCUCGUGCACAGUGUGCAUGUUGUGUGUGUCUU